AUGAAAAAUAUGGUCAAAAAAGUUCUCUGCAAAUUCCCUCAAAUACGAGACCAGAUAUACGACGAGAAGCAAAACCAGGUGGUCAUCAAAGUGGUAUGCUGCAGUCCAGAGAAGAUAAGGGACAGGAUAUGCUGCAAAGGUGGGGGAGCCAUCAAGAGCAUUGAGAUCAAAGAGCCUGGGAAGCCCAAACCAGCGUCGACAGAGAAAGCCAAACCAGCGUCGACAGAGAAAGCCAAACCACCGGCGGAAGACAAAACCAAACCAACGGCGGAAGACAAACCACCUCCUGCACCUGACAAUCCCCCAGCAAAGUCUGGGCCUGGGCCUGUACAUGUAGGCUUCCCUCCAGUGAACGUGAACGCGUGCUGUAUGGAUUGUUACCAUGGGCAUCCUGGUGGGCCAUGCCAGACUGGCUAUGGCGGAGUAGGCCCAUACAUCCAGUAUGAUGGUUACUAUGGAAGGCCUGUGUACGACAGUUAUGGUGGUGGCAGGAGCUACAAUACUAACUAUUGUGUUGCCCGCUCUGACUGUUUCAGUGAAGAAAAUCCCCAAGGCUGCACAGUCAUGUGACUGGAAAUAUGGUGCACUGCGGAAUAUUGUUGAGGUCAAGUUCAUUUGCGUUGGGAGUUUCAGGGACAUAAAUUAUAUAUAUGUAAAUCAUCUUCAAUCUUGGGUCAUUUUAUGUUUAAUUAGCAGCAGUCCAGUGUUAGUGUUGGUGUUGGUGUUGGUUUAGUUUAUAGGAGAAAAAAAGUGGUCAAUAAAGUUGGUUGUUGAUGGUGGUGGAGGACUAAGUCACAAUCAGGUUAUUAUUCAUUGUACCUACAUUACAUGAAGAUGAAUGAAGUUGCUGCUGC